AUGUCCACCAUGUCGCAGCCGGACAUCUCGGCGUCUCUCGCCGAUACUCAGCCUUCCAAGGCCAAGCAGGCGGCCAACGCACAAAAGGCGGCCGACAACCGCGCGCGCGCGCAGCAGAAUCGAGAACGAGCAGCCAACAACCGCAACCCAAAAGCGUCUGCGUUCGAUCAAGAUGCAAAAGCUGCGCCCGCACCUGCAUCAGCUCAGCCGUCCAAGAGACCCGCCAGAAGGGAUGCUGCCAAGCCCGCGGCGACGCGACAGGGCAAGGCGUCGACGCACUUCAAAAGCAAGGUGGUCAUCCGACGGCUGCCGCCCAAUCUGCCCGAGGCGGUGUUCUGGAAAGCCGUCUCGCCGUGGAUCCGUGAUGCUGCCGACUGUCAACCACCUACAUCCUCAUCCACCACCAGCGUAUCCGGCGAAGCGUCCGCUUCCACAUCUUCUGCGCCUACCCUCACGCCGACUGUAGACUUCAAGCAGUUCAUCCCGGGCAAGCUCAAGACGGACGCGAGCAAGCAGAACAAGCACGCGCGCGCGUACGUGCGCUUCCUCGAUGCACACGCCCUCGUCCUCUUCCACAAGCACUUUGACGGCCAUAUCUUUCGCGACAGCAAAGCGCGCGAGACGGUGGCGAUGGUCGAGUUUGCACCGUACCAAAAGGUAGUCCCCGCGCGCGGGCGACGCAGCAAGCCCGACCCCAAGCAAGGCACCAUCGAGGCGGACGGCGACUAUCUCGCGUUCGUCGAGCGCCUGUCCAACGUCGGUGACGAUGCAAAGAGGGCAGAGGGCGACCUGCUUGCGUCGACGUACGACCCCAGAGAGCGCGCACGGGAGCGCGAGGCCGCAGCGGCGGCGGGCAAGUCGACGCCACUGCUCGAGCAUCUGCGCGCCGUCAAGCAGGCCAAGCUCGAAUCCGCUGCACUCGCCAAAAAGGCCAAAAAGGCCGAGAGGGCCGCUGCUAAAGCGGCUGCCAGGAAUGCGGACGGAGCAGCAGCAGCGACGGCAAUGCAGCCCGCCGAGCCGGCCAUUAAGAAGGCCAAGAAGGGCAAGAGGCAUCGGACAAAGGAAAAGCUCGCUGCGGUCGAUGCUGCGCACGUAGGUGGCGGCAAGGAGAUCGAGGCAGGCGGCCAGGAACCGCCCAAGCGCGAAAAGAAGAGCCGACAGCGCAAGGGCAAGCGCCGAGCCGACGGCGUCGAUGCCAAUGCCGCCAACACAGACGCUGCGCCAAAGGCCACUAACAAGCCCGAGAGCGCCAAGAAGCAGAGCAACCCAACCAAGGACGCCCCCAACGCUGCGGAGGCAACACCGGCCAGGAACCCCAAGCAAGCUGGCGGACGACCGGCCAAGAAGAAGUCCGACGCCAAAGCUCCGGCCGCCGAGAACAGUGCUGAUGCUGGCGUUGCUGAGGGCGACGGUUCGACGCGCAAAAAACCUCCCCGUCGCAAGGGUGGCGCCAAAACAUCCACCAAGCCGCCAACUGCAUCCACCGCAACUGCGCCUGCUUCCCAGCCCAAGCUGCAAAUUCUCAAGCGCGAGCCUGCACCCUGA